AUGCCAUUCAGCCGUAUAGCCGUCGGAAGGCCGGAGGAGGCCACCCACUCCGACGCAUUAAAGGCGGCGUUAGCCGAGUUCAUCUCAACCCUAAUUUUCGUAUUUGCAGGUUCAGGGUCAGGUGUUGCAUUCAGCAAACUUACUGAUGGUGGAGCUAACACCCCGGCCGGCCUUAUCGCCGCCGCCAUUGCUCAUGCUUUCGCUCUGUUCGUGGUGGUUUCAGUUGGAGCUAAUAUCUCCGGUGGACAUGUUAACCCUGCUGUCACAUUUGGUGCGUUUGUUGGUGGAAAUAUUAGCCUAUUACGUGGAAUUUUGUAUUGGAUUGCUCAGCUUCUUGGCUCUGUUGUUGCUUGCUUUCUUCUCAAGUUUGCCACUGGUGGUUUGCCAGUUUUCGGACUGGAGAUAGGUGCUAAAAUUUGGAAUGCACUUGUAUUCGAGAUAGUGAUGACAUUUGGGCUUGUCUACACAGUCUAUGCCACAGCAAUCGACCCAAAAAAGGGGAGUUUGGGCACAAUUGCACCAAUUGCUAUUGGUUUCAUUGUUGGGGCCAAUAUUUUAGCUGGUGGGGCUUUUGAUGGGGCCUCAAUGAACCCAGCAGUUUCUUUUGGCCCAGCUGUUGUGGGCUGGAGUCGGAAUAACCAUUGGGUUUAUUGGGCUGGUCCUAUUAUUGGUGGUGGGCUUGCUGGGUUUGUCUAUGAGUUCUUCAUUUCCCAGACCUAUGAGCAGUUACCACCAGCUGAAUACUAAAAAAUUUCAAAAGAAGAAUUAACCUAAAUAGCUAUCAGUUCAACCGCUUAAACGAAAAAAAAUAGCUGACGGAUGUAUAAUAUUGUAUAAUAUAUUUAUAAUCGUGUAUAAUUAGUGAAUAAUUUGCGUAUACCAGCUAGAAAAAAUAAAUAGUGAAUCCGACUGGCUGGUAUCUAAAAUGGUGUUUUCUACUGGGUUUUA